UUAUAAGUUUAGAUUUCUUAUAUCUAGACCCUAUAUCUAAAAAAUGUAGAUUUACACUCUAUGUCCAUCUAGACUAGAUCUGGAGCGCACGUUGAAAAAAGACAACAUGACAUAUAAUAGAUGCCUAAGAUAUCGAUACCUGAGUUAAAUUUAUGUUCAUGUCGAUACUAACAACACAAAAUGGCGGCGCCCAUGAAUAACACAAGCUCAUUGGGUUCAAAAUCACAAGAAGUAAAUGAGUUAGGAAUUCCAAAAAAUUUAAGCCACAAUGAUGUUACCAAUUUCAAUUUAAUAAUAGAUCAUGUAAUUGGAUUUAAAAAGAUACCAAAGACUGAUCCAGCUUUGGCUGUUGCCGGUAUUCCACAGGUGCCCUUGUCAAGGGAGGAAAUGUUUGUGCGUGAAAUUUUCGAUAGUUGUGCAUUUAAAUCAUCAGCGAGUUGUGUUAUUGGAUUUGCACUUGGAGCAGCAUUUGGUCUGUUUACAGCUGGAGUUGACCCCAUGUCCACAAUGACAACAGAAACUCCAACAACAAGGAUGGUGUUGAGGGAAAUGAAAGCACGUUCUCUUUCAUAUGGAAAAAACUUUGCCUUGGUAGGGGCCAUGUUUUCAGGGACUGAAUGUCUGGUGGAAUCGUAUCGAGGAAAGUCAGAACUGAUCAAUGGAACAGCCUCUGGAGCUAUAGUAGGUGGAGUGUUAGGACUUCGAGCUGGUUUGAAGGCAGGUGUGUUUGGUGCUGUUGGCUUUGCUUUGUUCUCAACUGCUAUAGACUACUACAUGAGGCACAUGUGAUCUCUUAGUAAUUAGGAUAGAAAUGUAACUGUAUAUUUGACCAUUAAGGAAAUGUAUGAAUAGAAUAUCAAUGUUGUCUGUGACUUGAGAGAAUAGAAGUGUGUGGAGAGUUGAAGAAAGAUUUGUAUAAGACUUUGAAAUGUUUACGUGUUUUUUUUUAUCUGUACAUACGUAUUGUAAAUUAUUAAAACUGUAUCAUAAUGAAAA